CAGGCUCUCUCACUCCGCAAUUUAACUCAUUCAGUCGACCUCGAGUUCUUGAAGAGAACGGCCGCCUUGCCUUCCGCCAUCUUGAUCCAUCUGUCAAACUGCGCGCCAAUAAUAUUGUGUACUUUUUAAAUUUCAAUUUCGUGGCUCCGGCUCACAGUGUUUAAAGUUUUUUUUUGUGAACGACCAAGGAGUUUUUUAGUGUUUGUUCUGUUCCGUUGGUGAUUUGUGUUGUGUUUUGAUUUUAGUAUCUGUUGCCGGCCGGAAAGGACAAAUUUUCUAAGGUUAUUGCAGACACGAUGCGGUUAAAAUCAGCAGUUUGGCUUUAGUGGAGACCAUUUCAGCCCAUGAUUCAAAGAGAUGUGAGGAGAUAAAAAAUACCCAUGGUACCGAAACGAAAACUGCCCAGUUGACAGUAACCAAACUAAAUUAGAGGUACCAAAAACCGGGUACCUCAGAUACCCAAUGUCUGAAACUGGUAUCAAGUCAGACAACGAAGAUGGCGAUAAGGUAGAAAAAAACGAAACCAGAAACGAUACCGAACCGAAGGAAAAAGAGACGAAAUCGGUUUCCUUCAAUAGGGACGUACACGUCAAACGAUUUGGUAAAACCGGUAAACCGCGUGAAACGCGGGGCACCUCAUCCGAGCCACCAGUAAGAAAAGAACCAUUCACACACCUCUCAGAGAAGGAACUGAUAGAAGAAGCAAACAAAGUGAUAGCACAAGCUUCAAGCGUCACCUGCACAGCCGACCAUCCUCCUGAGAAGUUCUUCUCUCUACCACACAGAAGAAAGUUCAAAGAAGAUAGGUCAGGCAGAAGAAACAGCGACGAUAACACUGACAAUCCGAUAAAAACCAAUCUAGGCAGAUCCACUAGUGAUGUAAGUUCAAAGAAGAGGAAAGAAAGAACAUCACUUUCAACACUUUUUAGACGCGCUCAAAGAACCAAAAGCCCAGAUGCCCCCGUUAAAGUUACAACGAAACCGAUUGUUGUUGUAAAAAGAAGCAAAAGUGACGUCUCAGAUUUAAAAUCAAACACAAACCUGAAUACCCAGGUCAAACCUAUUCGAAAAAGAUCUGGCAGUGAGUCUGAAGAGUUCUUAAAAUCUUUGCGCAACAAAAAGUCACAGUUAUCUCCAAUAAUCGAGAGCUCACCCCGUGAAGAUUAUUUCAAGAAAACUCCUCCUUUGGAAGUAUUUCAGAAACAAAAGUUAUCUCAAAAAGACAGUAAUAAAAGUGAUGAUCCAAAAUCCAGCAGCGAAGGUAGGAAAGUUAAUCCAGUAGAAAAACCUCCUAGAUACAAAACACCUGAGAAACAAGAGCCGAAACCUCCUGCCAGGACUAAACGAGGAAAAUCUUUAGAAAAGGACAAAGAGAAAUCGCCACCUAUUACUGAAACUCCUAAACGAAAAACUGAGGUUAAGAAAACACUUUUAGUAGAUGAAAUAGAUUCACACAAAACUAAAAAUACAAAGCCAGCAGAAGUAAAAGAUAAAAUCAAGGAGAGUAUAAGAAAAAUCGAAGAAAACGUUUAUGGUGAUAAAGAAAUGAUCCAUAGCAGCCAAUUACCUCCUGAUAAGCCACCGCUAACAAGGGGUCACACUGUAGAUCAUUUAGUGAGAAUCUUGAAAGAAGACCAAUCGUCGCCACCGCCAAAAACUCACUUGAUAUCUCCACCAAACGGUACUAAUUCCAAUCAACCAUUCUCUUACAUCAAGCCUAGUGUAAGUCCUGAUCCUAAUUUAUUUGUACGUACAACGAGUCCGGACCGAGUGCCUUCUCCAGUAAACAAGAUGACUGAUAAAGGAGUUGUCUACGCCCAAGUGGUUAGAGACUAUGGCGAUAAUACUUCUAGUCGUCUUGGCAAACAAACCGUACAUAAAACGUAUUCACCUUCAAGAGAGAAAUAUGGGAACCAUUCAGACGAAGACGAGGGCUACGAUGAAAGACACAAACAUUCUAACACCCGCUUCAAUUACAAUAACAAGACUAACGGUAAUGAGAACUACAAUAGUAUAGAAGGUUACAAAAUAACUGACUCACCCAUAAGGCCUAGAUUCCGCGAGUAUAAACUUACAAGCUUCGAUGACUUUGAACCUACAUACGCCAAUGAAUAUCCUGGUGAGAAUAAUAAAACACAUGAUUACAUUGAUACUUUCCGGGGAAGAGGGGACGGAAUGGAUACAAUGAAAAAGCACUAUGAAACUGAAAACAAUAAACUAGACUUCGAUUUCAACGAACUGAGUCAUAGACGUCAGCUUUUGGAAUCGAAACUAAAUGCUCGGAAAAUAGAACGGGAAAGAUUGGUGACUGCAGAGCCUAUUUCAAGGUACUUAGCCGAAACGGACCCCAUUUAUGAAGCAGAAAAACGCAGACAAGCGACAGAAAAAUAUGUAGAUGAGACAGCUAGAUAUUACCGUCAUACAUUAGAGAGAGAUGGUUUUGCUGAAAGCAGUGUCACUGAGGAUUACAACAAGUAUGAAUCAGACAAUAAUAAAGUCAAAUACAACACUGAAACUAGAACAUACCAGAAAGUUCCUAGAGGAGAACUGAAUAGACGUGAGUUUUUAGACAGCUUGGAGCCUGAAGCUCGGUUGAGGGAAGAAAAAAAGGUGUUUCCUCCUGAGCCUGAAUAUGAACCACCAAGUCUAGAGUUCAAUUCUGGUAAGCCCGUACUUACGCCUGAUGAGUACAAGGAAAAGAAAUACAAAGUGAAGAAGAAUCUCAAUUCUAGUCAUGACGUAAUACAGACCGGUCAAAAGUAUAAGGGCAGAGACGACUGGUUUGGUAAGAGAAAGGGGCAUUACGCGUCUAAUCCUGAGAUAGCUCAGGAAAGAGAGGACGAUUAUGCCAACAUUCGAUAUGAAGCCAAAAACGCUGAAACUUACCAUAAUUCUUUACGCCGUGUAAAGAACAAAGACCGAUACUAUAAAGAAGACUAUGGAAUACGACGACAUGAUUCUGGCGACAGCCGAGAAUACUACCGAGAUGACAGAUCGCCCCGUCGAUACGAUGUUGACAAUCGCUUAGUCGAUUCUGGAAUCGAGAACGAUUUCAGGAGGGAUUCUAAUAGGGAGCUCCAUAGAAGACACACAAGACAUCAGAGUGACGACGAUGUCCACAAUACUUCUCUGUUUCUGGCGAGUGAGAGGAGGCACACAGAAGACAACUAUCCCAGCGAACAGAUAUACGCCAACGGCGAAUAUCUGGCAAGGUUUAAAGAUUUCAGGGAACAGUCUGGUUAUGGGAAAGAGUACAUUCGGAGGGAGAGGAGUGCUGACGAUGGGUCACAUUUCGAGCCUAAACACGACAGAUAUGAGAAAAGUCCAAACGAUGACAAAAUAAGUGCGAAACCUCCUAAAGCCACAAAGAAACUUUCUGGACUCGAGAAGGUGAAACAGCUGUUCUCUCGCGACUCUUCGAAGAAGAGCAAGAAAGAGAAGGAUGUGGUCCAGCCGAAGCCUCGCACCCGGGUGCUCAAGAGCCCUGAACAUCUUGCUAGAGAUGACUCUGAAUACAGAAGAUACACAGACCCAGAACCAAGCGACAUCGUCGUCAAGAAGAUAGACUACACCUGUCACGCUGAUGAACGACGAUUCAGAAACUCCAGGGAAGAUCUCGAUAAGUACAGGAGCUCUAGGGAAGAUCUGGACAAGUAUAGGAGCUCCAGGGAAAACCUGGAUAAGUACAGGAGCUCGGACAGCCCUGAAAGGAAGUACAGGGAGACAGACUUUGAUGGCAGGUAUGACAUAAAGACAGAAGAGAGGCGCUACAAGGACCGCCGGCAGGAGAAGAGGUACAACUCCUCAGAGAGAGACAGCGACCACCAGUCCAGACCCUCAGACGCCGAGAGCGAUCUGAGGAAGUCCAGGUCGAGAACUGCUGGCCCUCUGGAUUCGCCUGCCUUGGCUGAAAGAUACAGAGGCAGACGGAGGCUAGCCACGCCGAGCCCCACCCCCUCGCCCCCUCGGCGGCAGCCCGCCCCCGCCUCGUCUGCACCCAACUGGUUCAAGUCCCUGGACCGCCUCACCACUAGGAAGAAAGGAAAGCCCGCUAAGGUGGAGAAAGAAAUCCCAACACCACCUGAAGAAGAACCUCGCAAAGCCUGGGCUAAAACCACCAAACCCCUCAACUCUCCAGCCAAGAACCUUCGCUUCUUCGGCGACACAGACGUCGACUCCGACGCCAACGUCAAGCACCACACCGUCACCAAGACAAGAAGCAACCCUAAAUCCCACAGCACCUUGAGGAAGACCAUCUCAAACUCCAGCACCGGUAUCGACGAAGUCGACCACAGCAUACUCUCAAAUAAGAGCUACUCCAUACCCAACUUGAGGGAAGAAAAGAGCGAGUCUCCGCGAACCAAGCAGUACUACAAGAGGAAUUUGAGGAAUAUCUCCGAAAUCAGCAAUUCUGAGACGGAGAGCCAUUUGGAUAGAGGGGUGGGGAAGCCGCCGAUCAGUCCGUAUGACAGAUCGAGGAGUCACAGCAGCUCCAAGACUUUGAAGGGGAGCAAGACUGACCUAAGAAGGAGGACUGAGGAGAGGGGCAGCUCUUCGGAGCUGAGGGGAAGCAAGCAAGAACUUUCUCGGGACUUGAAACACCGUCGUCGGACACCAGCCAACAACUCUGGCGAGAGCAGCACGGAGGGUGACUCCAGCCAUCAGUCGCAGAGGAGCGUCGUCUACUUACAUGCUACCACUGUUGGAGAUAUCCCAGACCCCGGCCGCCUCACGCGCAACCGCUCCCGUGACGACGUGUCCUCAGUCAACUCCUCCAACCUUCAGAUCAGGAGCACAACCAAAAGCUUCUCCAUCUUCGCGCCCUGGACGCCCAAGCACUACAACGACCAGCACGACGUCCAUUACGCACAGAAGCCCAGGAAACCCAAGCCUAAAGAGAUCAAGAAGACAGAAAGACCUGGUACACUUCAGAAGAACAAGUCUUACAGCCAGACGACCUUGACCAAACGUCCCCAAAGCAGUAGACUGUCCAGUUCUAGCACUACUCUGUAUAAACGACCAGAGAAAAAGACAGAACACAGCACGAUGACCAGAAAGACCCCUGAUCAUAGCACGAUCUCAAGAAAAACCACUCGGGACGGCAAAAAGAGCCAGUCCAGCGAAAUUCUCAAUCGAGACAGUGACAGGGAAAGGGUCUCCAGGUCUAUUUCCAUGCCCAAAGACAAUAACAAAAAGGCUGGGUGGUUCAAAUUGUCUAACAAGAAUAAGAAGCAAGAAAUUAACACUAGAGUUCGUUAAUUUUCGAAUGAAAUGGUUCAAGUGGUUUAUAUUGAUGACAUGAUUAUGAAUUCGAUGGAUGGAUAUGAACAUUUUCCAAAUUGAUCAGAAACUAACGAAUAUUAUACGAACAAAAUUGAACCACACAACAUAAUUUCAAUAAUACAUAUAAUUGUUGUCUUUAGACAUCUCGUCUAAAGUGUUUGUUAGAUGAGUCAUUCAAUGAAAUGAAAAAUUACUUCGAUGGAACACGAUUAAUUUGGUGCUGUAAAAAUAACAAUUAAGCUUUUAAUUCUUCACUGUGGUUUAUCCUAAAGUGCCAUCGACCACUUUUAUGUUACCAUGUUUUAUUUUUAUUAUUUCCGAAAGGUAUGUCGACAGGGAAAUUUGUAUUAACCUGCCAGAAAUAAACAAUUUCUUCAAUGGAUUUUCAUUCCAUUCCUUAGAUGUGAAAGUUAAAAAUUAAUUGAAGAAAUGUGUUAUUUUGUGGCAAGUUUCCGAUGUAUAGCUAAGUACGAAUGGUCUCACCAUGAUGGUGGCUGUAAAGGCUAAAAAUAUUUAGAAGGCAAAGGAAGUCAUAGAAUAAAGGAUUGACUACCUUUCGGAAAUCAUUAGUCAUUUAAUGUUAAUUUUUCUAUGUAACAAAUGCUUAUCCAUUACUAAUUUAAGUUAAUAAUGAUAAUGUAUUAUGGAUAAUGUGAACUUUUACCUAAAACGGAAUAUCUUCGACAUUAUUUACUUCUUCAAGGUAAAUAUAUUAUUGUAUUAUCUAUAGUCAUUAUAAAGAUCUUAUUUUUAAAACAACUAACUUUAUUUUAACCAAUUUCGGAGCUCACUAAACGUUCGAUGGGACAUUGUUUUAGUUUUGUGUGAUUAUCAAAUAAUUUAUCUAAACCGUCCAUAAAAUAGCAGUGAUAAGUCUUGUCAUAGACGUAAUCUGUAAUUCGAGUAAAAAAUAAAUUGUUUAAUAAUUA